AUGGAAGCAAGUUAUUGGCAAGGCCGCGAGAGAGGCGCACGAGCAGCCUACGCUUUGAUGAGCGGUGCACCUGAUAUCUGGACGGAGAGAGACGCGGGCAUCCCAGGCCAUGAAGCUCCGUUGUUUACCUUGAACCAAGACCCGAAAGUCUCGCUCGUCUUUCUCCGCCUUCCGGAUGGACAUAUCCAGGGACAAGGAUUCGACGUAACUGGAAAUGAGAGCCUGCAGAAAUUGUGGGAGGGAGCGGUACCUAGCAUCCACACAAUAAGUGGAUCCGGCUCGUAUACGAAGGACGGGCUGCUGAAAGCACUCGUCUCUCUGAUGGUCGGCUUCGGCCCACAACACGUGAACACACUUGACUACGUCCACCCGUAUGGAGACGGGGAUCACAGUGACCAUCAUUCGGUGGCGUUCUUCGUUGCUGAAGCUGUAAAGUUGUACGAGAGCAAUCCCAUGCUGACGGGCUAUAUGGGCUAUCCGGUCAUCAACGAGACAGCAAAUAUACUCGGUACAGAUCUCCUGGGAAAGCAGCUCGCGUUCUAUGCGUAUGCGAGAGGUGACCCUGCCGUUUGCAACAGCCACAUGGCUUGCCAGGGCGAACAGUACUAUCCUCGAUGGCUCGAACGCGAAUACAGGCUUGACGGCGGGCCCGUUGCGAAUGCCGGCUCUGACCAGGUAGCUGGUUUAGAUGCGGCGGUAGCCUUAGAUGGGUCGCAGAGUUCGGAUCCGAAACAUUUACCUUUGACUUAUGAGUGGGCGCAGGUCAGCGGUACACCUGUCGAGUUGAUGAGCGCUGAGACAAGUCAUCCUUCAUUUAAGACCCCGAGUGAGCCGGGCACUCUGACUUUUGAGCUGGUCGUGAGCAACGGGAAGACGAGCAGCGCGCCAGCUGUUGUAACGAUCACUGUUAUGCGGCAUUCUGAGAACAUUGCUCUCAAAGCAAGAGUAACGGCUUCAUCUGCAAAUACCGCCGCCAGCCAAACUCCAGAUAAAGCGAUCGAUGCAACCGCAGGUGGAUUUCCAGCAGACUACACCCACGAGUGGGCGAGUCAAGGUGGCAAGACGGGGGCCUGGUUGAGUCUCAGCUGGGAGAGCCCGCAGGUAGUGUCAAAGGUCGCUCUCUAUGACCGCCCGAAUCUCGACGAUCAAAUCACAGCAGGCGUCAUCGAGUUUGACAGUGAGGAGAGAAUCGACAUUGGAGAAUUAAAUAACUAUGGGACGGCCAAGAGUUUUGAGCUUGAAGACAGGACAGUCCGCAACCUCACUAUCAGAAUAACGGCCGUUAGCCCUUCGACGAUGAAUGUUGGUCUCUCUGAGGUUCAGGUCUUUGGGUCAAGCCUAUCUUGA